AUGUGAUGCUGCAGACACUCCUGCCUUGCAGCCUCAGCCACCGUCAUUCUUACUUUGUUUGCUAAUGAAAUGAGAGCUUUGUCUCUUGAGGGGCAGCAGAUAGUGGGUCACAUACACUGUGGUGAAUAGAAAUGUAGAGGGGGUAGCUCAUAGCUAGGUCAGCCUGUGGCACACUUAGCUUUUUUUAUGUUUUAAUCUAGAUCAAUUUGUUUUGCAAAAUUCUUCCCAUGAGUUUUUUUUUUUUUUUUGAACAGAAAUACUGAUGUUUUUCUUCUCCGUGUUUAUGCAGGAAGCUCUCCUGACAGCUUCACCUCCAUCACAAACCAGCCAUGUCCUGCCGGGACAUCCACGCCACCAACGCCUUUUCCUUCAUCAUUGCUUUUGUGUCUGUGGCGGGGAUCGCUGUGGCGACCGUGAUCCCGCAGUGGCGCGUAACUAGACUCGUCACUUUCAAUCAAAAUGCAAAAAAUAUCAGCGUGUAUGACGGGCUGUGGGCUAAAUGCGUGAAACAGGACGGAUUCCCAGGCUGCUACUACUAUGAUUCAGAGUGGUACUCUAAAGUGGAUCAGCUGGAUUUGCGGCUCUUACAGUUCUGCCUCCCAGCAGGCCUCAUGUUUGGCUUUUUAGCCUUACUCCUGUCCACCACAGGGAUGUGUAAAACCUGCUGCUGCUCCGACAAACCCGAACCGGACAUCAAGACCAUCAGAUUCUUGGUGAACAGUCCGGGCUGUCACCUGGUGGCCGGGAUGUUCUUUUUCUUGGGCGGGGCGAUCGCGAUUGCGCCGUCCGUGUGGUUCCUGUUCCGCACCAAGGAGAUGAACAUUAAAUACGACAACAUUUUCUCUGAUGGCUUUGCCGUCUAUGUCUCCAUAGGCUGCUCAGGAGGCCUCAUGUUAGCUGCACUGCUGAUGUUCAUGUGGUACUGCAUGUGUAAGAAGCUGCCUUCGCCUUUCUGGUUGCCUUUAGACUCCAUGUCUACCUCUCCCUCUACUCAGCCUCUCACUGCCAACGGUUUCCCGCCCUCUCCAGUUUAUGGUCAACAGCCGUUCCCCCCGCAGGCGUACCCUCCUACGGUGAUCAAUGCUCAGCCUCUAGUGCCCUCACAGGGCUACGUGCAGACUGUAGUGGCCCCUGCUCCACCUCAGGUGUACGUGGCUCAGCACCCUGCAGCAGAUAACUACGGAUCAGAGUUAGGGGGCGCCUAUAACUACGCCCCCUCGCAGAGCUACGCGCCUUCGCAGAUUUACGCGCCUUCGCAGAGUUACGCCCCCUCACAAAGUUACGCCCCCUCUCAGGGUUAUGCCUCCAGCUACGCGGGCCACCGUUACUCCACCCGCUCACGAAUGUCGGCGAUAGAAAUCGACAUUCCUGUAUUAACUGAGCCAGAAUGAAGCCAGCAGUGUAAUGAAGGAUGAGAUCGUCGCUAAAGUGAAUUGAAGGGCCAAACCAUGUAGCAGGCUAGAAAGGGGGAAAAACCUUAAAAUAUUUAUAGCAAUGAUAUUUCACAAACUAAUACUAGACUAACGGAUAUCAUUCCAGCUUUUUUUCUUGUCACAGUCUUGCUUGCUUGUCACUACUGAAACAAAAAGUCUGUGGUUCAUACGGAGCGUCUCUGAAGUAACUCAGCCUUUAGUAUUUUUUUUCUGUAACUUGAAUUAUUUUUAAUGUGGCCGUGCCUGAAGAAGAGGAGCAGCUGUUAGAUUUUUAAUGCACUAAUAUUUGAAAUAAUGUUUGCUUAUUUUGUAACUGAUUAUGUUUUAAAACGUGGCCUUGUGUUCAGAAAUGAUGACACUAAAAAAGAAAAAAACCUGUCUGUUGAAAUGUGUUGUAAUUACCGACUGCAGUCAAAGACGCUAAAGAGUUUUUAACUUCCUUUCCAUCCAGAUGUGCGUUUUUGCCUUUUAAUGUAUUUUGCAUAUCGAGCACAAAUAACUUUUUUUUAAUGUGUAAUUCUGAAAUGUGAGAUCAAUGCUGGCCAAAUAUCUUUUUUUUUUAAAUAAAUGAAAUCUUAAUUCAUGU